UGUAAUAAUAUAAUGUAAUAAAUAAUAUGUUUACCUGAAUUGUUUGCGAGAUUAUUUGUUAAGACAAAUAUUUUCAUAUGCGCGCCCUACUUAUUAAAAUAAAACCAGUUUUCGUGCCUGAUAUUCAAAUAGACAGUGUUACAGCCGCGACGUAUCUUUUAUGCGUCUCAUCCGACCAUUGCAUGAUCCCGAAGCUCAUGUCCAGCAAUUCUACCUAAGUUCUCACAUGUAACAUGUGUCUUUUGGCGAUAAAUGACAUGCUGGAUGGCGUGAUUACAUUCCUGGAAAUAAUUCGCUUUUUGGUGACCGUGGCGCUGGCAGUAAAGACUAACUCGACGCGUAUGCUUACGUGUUUAUUUUAACUAAGCGCGCCCGGAUUGUUUGACUGUUUUGAGCGCAUCUCCUUACUCUCCUCCACCUCCUCGUUGUUGCCAUGGUAACCUCCCAUGACCGCUUAUUUAUAGGAGACCGAAUUUAUUUAUAAAGAUAUACGGUGCGUGUAGCUGUCUAUAAAUUCACAAAUCUUGAACCUUAAAUUGUGUAGUCGUGUUGUUAUUGUCACUGGUCUGCUGGAAGCAGUAAGAGUUGGUUUUCUGGUGGUACCUAAAUGUUCCCUCUUGACGUCAGUUGGAUUUUUUUUUUUAAUAAAUUUGUAACGCAGAGUGCCCGCGGUUAGUUUUGUGAUUUAAGAUCAUAAAUUAUUAAUUCUACUUUUUAUAGAAAUACACAAACAUUGACUGUAAUACAAAUGAAUACAAAUGCAAACAGAAAGAUCUUGUAUUGAUCGACAAGGCCAGAGACACAGCCUCGACGGUCACUCACUGAAAUGAAUUGACAUUUUAGUCUUGGUCAGUCCUUUGUUUCCCGACAGAUAUCAGGAAAUCUGAAAUAUCAAAGGCCUUUUGUUUGCACCCAUAGUUAUUUUUAAUAUAAAUAGUCUUACUGGAGACUGAAAUAUUUUGCUACCUGUAUACCCCCAUUAUUUAAACAUCACUGACUGUGCUGUCAUUCUCGGAGGCUCCCAGUCUGACUCCCCGGAGUCUGUUCCGCAGGUCCGCGCCUUGCAGUCCUGGUUGUGAAGUUCAACAUGGCUGAAGAGUUCCCAGGAGUGAAGGAUGCGAUCUGUCUCUGCCUCUAAUCCCUCACUGCCAACGGGUUCCAGGAGGAGUUUCGACAGCGUGCAGAGGACGGACGUGUUCCCCGUGAGGAGGUGCACAGGACCUGGGAGUGCACGGCAGCCCCGAUGGAGUUCUGGAAGCGUGUGAGCACCAACACGGUGAGCACCAACACAGAGACGCGCUCAGAGCGUGCCGACACCGUCUACAUGGUGGUGCCGCUGCUGGGCGUGGCCCUCCUCAUCAUCAUCGCCCUCUUCCUCAUCUGGAGGUGCCAGCUGCAGAAGGCCACACGGCGCCGGCCGGCGUACACUCAGAACCGCUAUCUGGCCAGCCGCACCUCCCGGAGCCUGCCCCGCAUUCUGGUGCACCGGGACACUGCCGGCCACUCUGAGAAUACACAUUCAGAUUGCGGGCGGGCGACAGGGGCGUCCGCGGCCGGCGGGGGAGGUGGAGGAGGUACGGGAGGAGGCUUGGCCCCCCAUCAGCAGUCGCUCCCUCCCAACGGCCGUGCUCUCUACAUCCAGGACUCCUCCGCCUCUGUGGCGUCUCGGCUCUCCGGGGCCACACCCCCGCCCUCCUACGAGGAGGUGACGGGACACCUGGAGAGCAGCAGCGAUGAGACCUCAGUUCCCUACAGCGACCCCCCACCCAAGUACGAGGAGAUCGUCAAGCAGAAAUGAAUGCCCUGCCUCCCCACCCUCCUCCACCAACCCCCCCCCCCCCACAUCUCACCACCCUUGGCGGCUGAGGAAAGUUCCAGAAUGCGAUUCCGGGUUCUGCACGUGGAGCCUGCGUGUGCCCCCCCGUUCGUGGGCAGUGCUUGGGGUCAUGUCCAGUGAAUUCGUUGUGCAUUAGUGUUGGCAGGUGGUAUCCUGUUCACUCUGAUCAUCGCUGAGAUGUUCCUGGUCGCUGUGCAGCUAGGCUCCUGUGUCCUUGCCCGUCAUUAGGGGUUUCCGGCUCCCAAACCCUCGUCCCAAUGCUCCUCCCCUGGCUGUAAGACAGAGGAAGACUGGAGAUGCAGAAGAAGCAGUGUGCAUUCCAGCGGGCAGUCCGCUCAUGGCGCCUGCAGCGCUGGCUGUGAAUUUAGCACGAGCCCUUCCUGGCUAUACGCUGGGUAUGGGGAAGGCGUAGCGGUCGACUCGAAACUGUCCAUCACACAUCCAGGACGGCGUAGAUGCGGCCAGCGGAAAACAAGAGUGAGCAGCCCCCUCUCGCACUCUCAGUCCUCCAGCAAAACAGAGCUGUCCAAACACCAGCCGUAGGUUGCACGUAUCGUAGGAGUGAAAUCCCCCCACCCCACCCCAGUCCUGAGCGUUAUAGAGACACCUCCCACAAUGCCUGAAAUUGUACGUCACAGAUUCAAGCUUUAUUGUCAUGGGGUUAUGGGGCAGAAAGGGGGGGGGGGGCUGGCAACCCCGAGAGAGCACUGAGAUCCGUGUAUAUGGUGGCAUGUGACAAUACAUCUGAAUUUACAAAGGUCUGGGGAAUUCUGACAAUUUCAGGAUCUAUAAAAAUAGCAAUGGUAAAACAUUCCUGUCUCUUAACGUCUAUGGCCUUAGUUCCCUAUGCUGCUUUCCCUGUCGGACGAGCACCUUCUUCGUCUCGAUUGUAGCAGGAAACUGCUCAACACACCCCUGUGCAUGUGCCCAUACAUGGCUGACCGCAGUCAAGACACAGAGGAGCACAUUACAUAACCCCCCCCCCCCCCAAAACCGCCCUUUUUCUGCCUGUCUUCCAUGAAUCUGGCAUUUGAAUGAUUAGGAAGCAGGCAACCUGUGCCUCCACUGGCUUUAUACUGUGUUUUGUUACUUUUUCACGACAUUCAGUAAGAAUCAAGAUGUUUAAAAAGCAUUUCGUACUUGUUUGUGUCCACCAGGUGGCACCGUUCACACGGUUGUUUCGUUCUCUCUUGACGCUUUGCGAAACAUUCCUUUCGGCCAAACAAGCAGCCGCGAUGCCUUUUGGUGUGUCCGUCUUGAUGCGCGUCGGAAGGCAUACUCUCAGCUCAGGUUAACCACAGCCGUUCCUGCCAACGGAGUCCGCAGAAGGAUAAUUGGGAUCACGGGUCUAGAUGUCUCAGUUGGGAUGCCCGGAAUAUCCUAGGUGAUGCGAAAUGAAGUUGGCCACACCUUCCCUGAAGGAAUCAGAGUUUGGGUGUUUCUCGCUAUGUAUACUUGACCGUAUUUGUGUUCCCACGUACCCGUUUGACACCACCUUCCAUUUCCGUAGACCAUUUCCAGUGCUAAGAACAGAAAUGCGUUCUUGGGGUCAUUCUUACCCCGUCCCAAAUCUCAAGGAUAUAUUGAAUUCAUCCUUGCCCAGCAAAACCAAUCCCAUGAUUCAUCACAGCCCAUGUUCAUUUUUGGGAGCAAAAGAUAGCAAGACCGUUCUUGCCGAGACCACAAGUACAAUCUUUGCCUUCUUGGUAUUGAGAAACACAUUUUGAGUGAUACCACUUACAGCAGCAGAAGUGGACUGGUUUUGAAUAUAUCCCAUGGGGUAAUGGUGUGGCUUGUGCAUUGUAACCUACAGUCUGGUUGUGUCCCAUCUCAUGAUACAAAGUCUAGAGCAGAGCUAGCAGCCGCUCACCAGCUGUACCAUUUCUUCUUGUGGGUCAUUAUUGUCAACACUGUGUUGCACAAUCCCUAGAGUGGCUCAAGGGGUUAUGUGUUGUCCUUGUAAUUGGUAUAUAAUAAUAUGUAUUAUAAUGCUGUAUUGGGUUUGAGCUGUGGAAUUUCAAGCAAAAGAAGUAUUGUGUGUGUGUAUGUCUCCGUCCCCCAUUGGCCACACUUUGUGCCAUAUCAGUCUCUAUAUCUAAAUGCCUAAUGUUAGCACCUCACUGAUUAAUGACCAAUUGAUCGUUCCCGUGCAUUUUCGCCAAAUCUCCAUGACGUGAGAUGCCGUUCCCUUUAUCUCCACAAACGGUGUCUUCUCAGACGGUCUCACUGCUAGCGCAGGUAUCUGAAGAUAGUUAGUCGAUCGCUCCAGUGAGACGGACCAUUAUCCGUUCAUGUUUUCCUUAAUGUCCAGAGAGGGUCUUUUAUCUUAGAAGAAUAUCUCUGUGAAGCACAGCAGGAGAAAUUAACUUACAGUGUAUAUUUAUGUAUAUAUGUGCAUACAUGUGUGUUUGAACCACUCCACUUGAAUGUCUUUUUUUAUGAUUUGCCAAUGCAUAGAUUUGUAUUUUUAUGAUUGUAUUUUGUUGCCUUCUGCUACAGGUUUCUAGAGCAGAUUUUAACACGUGUGAACCACCUGACGUGAGGAAAAUUGGUGACUAUAGGUCUUCAUGUCUGUAGCUUGAGAGGACAUAAACACUGAACGCACCCAUCAUCUGAUAUAUUUAUACCGACCCUUGUGUUUUACAUUUAUGAGAAAUUUAAUAUUUUUCACUUGACCCUUAACUAAACAUGUAACUAUUUUGCUUUCGACAAUUCAUCCGAACAAUGUUCCAGUUGUCACUGUUAAAUAAUCAGAUCUUUCUAGAAGAUUCCAGGUGUCGCGUCAAUUUUGCCUGGAAAAUCCAAGGCUGUCGAAACCAAGCGUCUGUCUUCCGAAAUCUUUCCUUUGCCUUUUCUUCUGUCCCCAUUGAAAGUGAGUUCAAGAUUUUUUUAAAAACUUGGUUUUGAAAUCCUCUGUGAAAAGAACUUGCGAGACGGGAUUUCCCGAAUAAUGAUUUGAUAACUUUUGAAGACUUGAUUAAUCAAACUUGAUUAUUGCUUGAUUGAGUGAUUUUAGCGGUUCGCUGAUGAAUUGGAAUUGCCGAAUCCAGUGAGAAUGCAUAUAGGGAAAGUUCUCGCAGGUUGUUAAAUUCUUACUGGAAGAAAUUACAAAAUUCUAGGACUUUGGAAAAUAAUGGACGGUUCUACGGUUUUGUUAUGUACAUCUUUGUUGUGAUAUUUUGAACACUUUGACAAGUGAAGAAUCUCCACUCUCCACUCGUGCUCCCAUGGCAGACUGUAAUUCCUUAUUAUAUUCCAUCAGCAAACGUCGCAGGUGUGGGGGAGUCUUUACGAUGUGAACUAUAUACAAGUCCUUUAUUUUUGUCUCUUAGUAAUGUUUAGAUAUGAAGAAUUGUGUCAGGGCCGAUGUAAAAGGUGACAAGAGGAAUGUCUGUCAUUAAGAGGAACCAGUCGGGUUCCUACACGUUAAAAAAUUCUGUUACACAAGAAACAAAACACAACUAAUUCACGAAAUAUCUGAAUUGUCAAACAAGUGUCAUGUGUGAAUGACGCGUAUUUGUUCUUUCAGGAACACGCUAUAUAAAACCUGCUGCCAAUAUGUCCAGUAUGAUCUUCCUUGCAUCUUAUAACUGAUUAUUUUGGUCAGGGAAAUGAGGAAGCUGACCACGGGACGCAAGGCUUGGGUAUAUUCUACACAGGAUGCCAUUUUGACCAGUGUCAGUGGGAAAAAAAAUAAAAUCUGUGGGGCCUGUUUUUUGCCUUGUCACCUUCUACUCUGUUCCGUUUAGUGACACUAGUGACACACCCCCCCCCCCCGUUCACACAGAUCACCAUAGCCACACUUAUUUACUAAGUGCCAAAUUUGUGAAAGCACUGAUGAUACCUUUGUGUAUAUAAUAAAUGUGUUUUUAUCCAUA